AUGAAGCCGGGUGAAUUACCAAGAAACAAACACUAUGCUGAGAUGUUAUCCAAAACCUUCAUCCUCGCGCUUCUCAACAGCCUCGUUUGCGCCUCAGCAAUGCCCACUAAUGGCAGGCCCUUCAAUACCCCCGACCCCAUCUCUCGACGAGGCGUCUCAGCCGCCGAUGUACUCCUCCAAAUCGCACCGACCUCCAACACCUGCUCCGGCGCUACCUUCCCCGCAGAAUGCGAGACAAACGUCCAAGCAGCCCCAUGGCUCAUCGCAGCCAUGAGCAAAUACAACAUCACCCACCCCGCCGAAACCGCCGCCGUCCUGGCUCUCAUCGCCUUCGAGUCCGGCGACUUCAAAUACAACACCAACCACUUCCCGGCCCCCGGUCGUCCGGGCCAAGGAACACGCAACCUACAGAUGGCCAACUACAAUCUCAUGUACGCGAAAUCGAUCCCGGAGCUCGCUAGCAAAGUCUCGGCGACCUCUGUCGAUGGGCAGAGCGAUGAUCAGCUGAAUGCGAUCCGGGCGUUGGUGUUGCCGGAUCAGUAUAGCUGGGCUUCUGGAGCGUGGUUCUUGACGACGCAGUGUGCGAGUGCUAGAUCGGCGAUUCAGGCUGGUGGGGACGCGGGGUUCGCGGCUUAUAUGGGCUGUAUUGGGACGGGUGUUACGUCGGAUCGCAAGGCGUAUUGGGAUAGGGCGAAUAAAGCGUUUGGUGGUUGA